AUGGCACUGGAACCCGAAUGUUCAGAGGAAAUGUACGAGUUCAUUAGGAUAGAAAAAAGACCAUAUAGUAUUUUGGUUGACAAAAGCAGUGAUAUCAUGUGUGAGAAGGAAUGUGCCAUAGUCAGGUACUAUAAUGAAACACAGGAUAAGGUGACAGUUGGAUUUGUAGACAUUCCGGUGUGCAAUGAUGCCACAGCUGAAAACAUAUUCAACUCCAUUGCAUCAUCCAUGCAUGACAAAGACCUUGAGUGGUCUAAUUGUGUCGGGUUUAGCAGUGAUAAUUGCAAUGUUAUGAUUGGCAAAAACAACUCUCUAUUGUCAAGAGUGAAAGCACCGGCCGCUCAUAUUGGCUGUCCAAGUCACCUGGUCAACAUUUGUGCCAAAACUGCGGCUAAGGAGCUCUCAAUGUCACCUGAAGAACUGCUCAUUGACAUCUAUUACUACUUUGAGAAAAGUUCUAAGAGAAGAGAAGACCUAAAACAGUUUCAAGAGUUCUGCAAUGUUGCCCAGCAGAGAGUACAAAGGCAUUGUCCUACACGCUGGCUUUCUUUAGGAGAAGUUCCUCCAUCAGCUGAGGUGACACCGUCCAAUCGAACCAUCGAGCUGGGGACGGAGAAGACAAUGACGUGUGACGUCCACAAUUUUUAUCCAAAAGAUGUUUCCAUCCGCUGGGCUCAGUAUCGUAAGGGAUCCUCUGAGUGUGAGCUCCUAGACAUCUGGACCUGUGCGAAGAGUGUGCUGGAGAAUUCAGAUGGGACAUUCAAUGUGACAAGCCUACUGACCCUGAACCCCAAGAUAGAGGAUGAUGGGAACACUUAUUCCUGUCUUAUCACCCACCGAUCCCUCCAGAAUGAGCUGUCCAGGAAUUUCACCCUCACAGUGACAGAGAGAGAAGACAACAGAGGAGCCGUUAUAGGAGCUGUGCUUGGGACACUUCUAAUUGCAGGAUUUCUGGGAAUAUUUGGGUUCCUCUACGUCAGAUUUAUGAAGAAAGAUCCUCCCACUCUGUCAGAGAUCACCGGAAAUGAUAAGCUGAUUGACAUGAACAGGACGACUCUGACUUGUCAGAUUAUGAACUUCCGACCCAACGCCAUAGAACUCUCUGUGUGUAUUAGAAGAUCUGGGGAGGAGAAGAGGAGGACCAUCUACACCUGGAAAUCUGGAGGUCACCCGGCUCCGGUCACAAUGAGCAGAGAUGAUGGUGGAGGGGGUGAUGGGCGUGUAGAUGUGGAGCAGGGAAGACCACUGAUGAAUGGGUCUGCAGGACACGAGGACGGACCUCUACAGCUGGAGGUGGAGCCUCGUAUCAGUAAGAAGAGGCUUGGUACAUUCACCUGUCAGUGUACUCUUCACAUAACUCCCAGCUAUGAGCUGGAUAAUGGAGCGGAAUUAUCUGUACAUGUUACACACCCGGCACUGACAUCUCCGGCCUCGGUACUCAGGACACUCAGCGUUAUAGGAGGUGAGACUCUUUUUUCCCCUAAACUGUUAUCGGUCAUGGCCCCGGGCCGUGUCAUCCAUGAUGAGCAGGUGACUCUGACCUGUCCAAUCAACGCAUUCAAACCGCGAGCUUUGACCAUCACCUGGCUGAAGAAGGACCGGAACCAGCAAGAGACCGAACUGGUAACAUGGACUCCUGCGGGCUCCACCACUCACAAUGAGAAAUAUUCACACAAUCUAAAGGGAGAUGAACAUGAGGAUAAAUCUUAUAGUGUUCUCAGCGCUCUGACCAUGAAAGCAACCGUGACAGACGAUGACGGAGUGACCUAUAUCUGUAGAACCUUCCACCCUGCAACAAAUCUCCGAGACCAAAGAGAGGAGACCAUGAGAGUGACCG